CCGCUUAUACAGGUGUAGUAUAAGCACAUCGCGACCGGAACAUGGCAUGCCAUGCAGUCGCGCCGGUGCCUCUGCAGAACAACAGCUGCACUGAACUACUGUUCCAAUACCAAAAUGUUUGUUGAGUUCCAAUUUUAAAUGCAAAAUUGACGAUGUUUAUUUUUUUUAUAAUAACUGAAACAUGUGCAACCACGUGGUGAUGAUUUCUUUGGAUCCAUCUGAGUCGACUUUACAAAAGAAAAUGUGUAAAUCCGCAACGUUCGGACGUAUAUGGCACGCGAGCCGGCGCGCCCUCAGCCUGGAACACGCGCCUGCGCACCAGUUCGCGUGCUGCCAAUGGCAAGCCACUGCGCAGCCCUCUAUCCCCUACCUAGUCUACAGAUGGCUGGUAUUUAUCACAGUAUUAUCAACGGGGAUAGCAAGUUUCGCGUGCCAACGGCUCCCGCCGCGGUACGACGGCCCCAAGGUAGAGCUAAACUACUUCAAGUGGUUUAUAUACUUCACCAACUGGGGGUUCAUGCUCAUAGCACUGCAAGCACUCCUCGCGCUCGCUGUCGUGCACUCGUAUAGAUCUCAGAAGACUUUUAACAACCCUUGUGAAGAUGACGAUGCCCUUAUGCCUCGGCGACCGCGCACACCAUUACUAUACCGAGCAUACUGGCUCUCCCAGAAUAUCGCCACUGACCUGGCUUUCGUCAUCACACUCAUAUACUGGACUGUAGUAUAUGAUCCUAAAAUCCAUGACAUAAACGCACUUAAUUUACUCGUCCACGGGGGGAACUCGUUAGUGAUGAUCUGCGAGCUGCUGGUGACGACGCAUCCGAUACGCGCCGCGCAUGCGCUGUACGGCGUCGGCGUAGGCGUCGCCUAUGGCGUCUUCAGCGCUGUUUACUGGGCGCUCGGAGGAACCGACCGGUUCGGCCUGCCCGCCAUCUACCCACCUCUCAACUGGAACCAUACUGGAUCGGCGUUCGGAUUCGUGGCAUUGUGCGCUGUGAUUCUCCUUCUGGCGCACGCAUUCGCGACGUGCGUGGCCGCAAUGCGCGUGCGCGUGGCGGCGCGCGUGCGUUCGCGAGCACUGGGCGAACGCCUCUCGCUGCCCACGCACUGACCUAGGCGCACCGACGCACUCACUGCUUUAUACAUGAUACUAGCCCUCGUCGCUAUGUGGAAUAAUGGCGGCUAUUGCCACAAAGAACUGUAGUUUAUCCCGUACUAUACCCAAUGACAUUAAAAUCGUACUACCAGCAAAAUUACACAGCGUUUAACUUAAACUGCGCUGGCUAAUUGCACUACCAUUUCAUUCAUUCCAUUAAUAUAAAAUUUACUAACGUAAAUUAGACUGCAAAUUUUUUAGACUGUAAAAUCGUACCUACAAACUACACAGCGUUAAACGAAAACACUGCUGGCUAUUUCUACUACCAUUUCAUUAAUAUAAAAUUUAUUAUAGUUAAUGAGACUGCUAAUUUGUUGCAAACUAUACAAAAAUAUAAUCAUUCUGGUGCUGUUAUAGAUAUUUAUGAUAUUUGUGCGGUAAGUUAGUUGUUACAAACGAGUAGACGAAUGUAAGCCGGACACGAAGUCGAGGGUUUACCAUAGUCACGAGUUUGUAAAACCUAAUUCAGCACGACUGUCAUACAAUGUUUUUCAAAACAUUUGCGAGAAAACAUUGCACUACCUAAUUUAAACAAUGAAGCAAAUUUUUCGAUUAAGAAAAUGGCGCGUAUUUCUACAUGGCGCCACCUGCAGAUAGUAAAAAUUAAAAUUACGUCUUUCAUUUCUUUAGUAUUAAAAUGAUAAAACUCAUACAUUAAAAAUCAAUUCCAAGGAGGUUCGAUCGAAAUAAAAAAAACCGUAAAGGAUACGCACGGCGCCAUAUAUGGGAGCGGGUUGGUAAAAUGCUUUCCGCACGCUCCGUUGGUCAACGGCCCAUAAUUUUCGAACAAAGUUCAACCUCUGUAAAUGCAUUUUUUGAGCAAAUGUGUUGAAAACGUUAUUUUUGCAAUUGCAGCCCCGUAGCUCAAGUAAAUCGGGCAGAUAAGAUAGUUAAUGUUUAGUUAAAAUCCGAAUUCCAAAAUUUGAUAUUUUUAUCAUCAUACCAUGCACAUAUUAUGUCCACUAGAUCGGUGCAUUAAUUACAAUGAAUUGUUUGACAAUUUAUAAUUAUUGAUAUAAGAUAAAAAUAAGGACAUUUGCGAGUGUCUAUGUAAUUGUAUCUAUGCCUGGAAAAAGAAUGAUAGUAGAUUUCACAACGAUAUCGUUGAGAUUUCAUUAUAAUACGCGACUAAGUCUAGAUAUAACAUUUCCUUAAGAGAUGGUUAGUGUAUCAAUCUAAAAGGAUGAAAUAUGUAGGUGCCUACUUUGGACAUGGUACUUUUUCCGCGACUUAAUCCAACGUUGAAUUGUAAAAAAAAAUAAUGUAAUUUUGAAUAACGUGUGUAAUACCGUUUAAAAAACUACGGUAACUUCGAAACUAACACUGUCCAUUUUGCAUUAAGGUAAAUUUUACUCAAUUUUUUACAUUAUUUUAAAUCGCGAAAUGUAUAGAUCUUGUCUAAUGCAUUCAGAUUUACAUGACCGAGAUCAGAUUAUUUCAUUGCUCUUCUGCUCUGUGUGUACUCAGCUCAUUGUAAGAUAAGGUUUAUUAUAUACCUACUUUAACGACAAUAUUGUAUGCUGUGCUGUGAAAUUUUGCAUAUCAUAGAUGCAAAUUAUUUUUAUAAGAAACAAACAAAUACUUAAGUUUUGAAAGCUAAAACAAAAACAAAACAACUUUAUUCAUUCAUUUUACUAUAUUUUUGACAAUUAAUCUGUAAUGCAAACAAACGAAGAAUGACUGAGCUUGAAAAGAAGCUAUAGGCACGGUAAUAAUAUCAUAUUACCGUGCUAUAGGUAUAUACUACACUCUACAGCAAAUAAACCGAGUCACCCGCUACAACUUGGAUAUCUGAUUCGAUUUUCUCAAAAAAUAUAAAACUAACAUACCUACAUCAAUUAUCAAAACGAAAUCUACUGACAGUGAAUUUUAUAAUCAAAUUCCGAAGUAGCAAGUGACCCGGUGUAUUUGCUGUACAUACCUAUACCUAUUUUAGAUCUAAUUCAAAUGCAUUUAUAUUUCAGACUUAGAUAACAUAAUAAUACCUACUUAUAAUUUAAGAUUUCCGAUCUAUCAUUCCAUUUGAUAAAAGCAAUAAUUUAACAUGAGUGAUUUUAGUUAAAAUAAUAAUAGUAAAGUAUAUACCAAAGCAUGUGUUAAUAAGAUGACUAUGUUCCUCUUGUAAUAAGUGAUUACUAUUAAUGUAGUACCUAUUUGAUUAAAACAUGAUUUAAAUCUUUAUUAUUACCUAUGUUUAUUUCACCUAUGGAUAACAUUACCUAUAUGUUUAUAUGGAUCAAUAAAAAAGCUGUGCUUAAAAAUCAUACAAAAGUUUAAUUUCACUGUGUCUUUUAUAAAUGAAAGACUAUAAAAUCAUUAAGAUGCUUACUUUCCUCAUGGUAGCUGAGAGUCGGAUUCAAUUACCAUAGGGUACAAAUAUAAAUUUAAAAAUAAUAAAACGUUAAUAAACAAAAAAGUAAGAAAAUAUUUGUUCUAGGAACCUAAGUCAUAAAACUGUUAUGAUUAUGAGGUAUCUAGCCAAUCAAAUAUCUUUUAUUAGUUAUAGGUAUACUUUUCCUCAUUACUUACCAAUAUAAGUAUCUACGAGUAUUUUGACUAUAUAUAUGAAGUAGAAGACUUUUUUGAAUAAUACUUAAGAUAUGUCAUAAUUGUAAACUCACAUUAUUUGUAUGUCGACUGUUAAUCCUAUGCCUAUUAUGUGAUAUAAUAAAAAAUAUGUAUACGUAAACAUUUUCCUUGUUUCUAAUUUAAAUUCAAUUCU